CUCAGCUGUGAUUCUCACGCUGCUGAUGACAGACUGAACGUCGUCCUCCACCCGGCUAGCCUGUGCAGCCUUCUCAGCCCUUUCAUCCAUGCUUCACACUUGCCGCACUGAAACCGACAGCAACACCCCCCGUGGAAGGAUUUAAUGUUUCUUUCGUGUUGGAAUAAGUUUCCUGCCCUUUUUCGUGCGCUUUGGGUUGAUUUCGCCCCCUUUUCUGCGGACGUCAGUUUAUAUUUGAAAAGCUUCACAAUAAGGACACAGGCAGCAGAGACAUCAUGCCGCUGACUUCAAGUUUGGCGAGUAAAAACUAUGACUACGACUACGACUCCCUCCAACCGUAUUUCUACUACGACAACGAGGAGGAAGACUUCUACCCUCAGCAGCUUCAGCCUCCGGCGCCGAGCGAAGACAUCUGGAAGAAAUUCGAGCUGCUGCCGACCCCUCCCCUCUCCCCGAGCCGCCGGCCGUCCCUGUCAAGCCUCUUCCCCUCCACGGCGGAUCAGCUGGAAAUGGUGACGGAGUUCCUGGGCGAUGACGCGUUCAACCAGAGCAUCAUCUGCGACGCCGACUACUCCCAGACCUUCCUCAAGUCCAUCAUCAUCCAGGACUGCAUGUGGAGCGGCUUCUCCGCGGCGGCCAAGCUGGAGAAGGUGGUCUCCGAGCGGCUCGCCUCCCUGCACGCCGCGCGGAAGGAGUCCACGGCGGGGGAGUGCGCGGAGCCGGCCGGCGCAGCAGCGGCGUGGAGGUUAAACAGCAGCUACCUGCAAGACCUGAACACAACCGCGGCAGAGUGCAUCGAUCCAUCUGUGGUUUUCCCGUACCCGGUGGCGGAGACACCCAAACAGAGCGCAGGGACGCCGCCUAGUAAAGACUUGGGGCUGGACACGCCGCCCAACAGCGGCAGCAGUAGCAGCAGUUGUAGUGACUCAGGUAAGCAAGAUGAUGAUGACGAUGAGGAGGAGGAGGAAGAGGAGGAAGAAGAGGAGGAGGAAGAGGAGAUCGAUGUUGUCACUGUGGAAAAGAGGCAGGCGGUGAAGCGGUGUGACCCCAGUCCGACCGAAACCAGGCACCCCAGCCCGCUCGUGCUGAAGAGGUGCCAUGUCUCCACCCACCAACACAACUAUGCCGCCCAUCCAUCCAUGAGGCACCACGAGCAGCCGUCUGUCAAGAGGCUGAAGCUGGAGAGUAACAGUGGAGGAGGAGGAGGUGGAGGCGGCGGCGGAGGAGGCGGCGGCGGUAGCAGCAGCCACAGCAGGGUCCUCAAACAGAUCAGCAGCAACCGCAAGUGUUCGAGCCCCCGGACGUCCGACACGGAGGACUACGACAAGAGAAGGACUCAUAACGUUCUGGAGCGUCAGAGGAGGAACGAGCUCAAGUUGAGCUUCUUUGCGCUACGGGACGAGAUCCCCGAGGUGGCCAACAACGAGAAGGCAGCCAAGGUGGUGAUCCUGAAGAAGGCGACAGAGUGCAUCUACAGCAUGCAGUCAGACGAACAGAGACUCCUCUCAGUCAAAGAGCAGCUGAGGAGGAGAAGUGAACUUUUAAAGCAGAAACUGUCGCAGCUGCAGGGCGCUCGUGCUUAAAGUUUGAACCAGAGACUUUUUUUCUGCCUUUUGUUUUUUAUGCAAGUUCAAGACUUAGGGUGUACAGUUGUUGUUGCAUGCAAAUGCAAAGCGGAUUAAGUUGUUUGGAAUCUUGUUUGAUUUCAAUGUUAAAACUGCCUCAAUUGAAGUUAUGGGUGGAUUAAAUAUUUAAAAGUUUAUUUUUAUUAAUAAAAUAUUAAAAUGGGGCUACCUUGUUGAGGGCCCAAACUAAAAUAUAAAUUUUUAUGUUUUGUAUAUAAUUAAUAUUUCCUAAGAAAAUGUAUUUUUGGAUCUCAAUUGUCUGGAUGUUCAGACCCAGUGUUUGUUUUUUUCCAUUAUGUUCCUAGAUUCUUUUUGAAAUAUAAAAAAAAACAAUGUUUCUUCUUGAA